AUGACGAUGAGCGCCGCCGCGGGUCUCCUCGCCGCCGCCCUCCCCGUCGACGUGGCGGCGCUCGCCAACUCCUACGCCGCCCACCUCAACCGCCUCGCCCCGCUCGCCACCGCCUCGCCUCGACUCCUACUCCGCCGCCUCCGCGCCCUCCACGGCCGCAUCCUCACCUCCGGCUUCGCCCCCCGCAGCCACAUCCGCAACCGCUUCAUCGACCUCUACGCCAAGUCCGGCGAUCUCACCGCCGCCCGCAGCCUGUUCGACGCCGCUCCCCGACCCGAUGUGGUAGCCAGGACGACGCUCGUCGUUGCCUACGCAAACUCCGGGAAUCUCAAGCUCGCACGGCAAGUGUUCGAUGAAAUGCCUCUGGGAAUCCGCGACACCGUCUCCUACAACUCGAUGAUAUCGGCUUACUCUCGCGCCGGCGAGGGUGGCCCCUCGGCAGAGCUCUUCUGCGGGAUGAUCCGCAGCGGUCUCUGCCCCGACGACUACACGUUCACCGGCGUCCUCAGCGCGGCGGCCGCCGUCCCAGAUAUCGACCUCCGCCAGUGCGAGCAGCUCCACGCCGCCGUCGUGAAGUACGGGUCGGAGUCUGUCGUAUCUGUCUCCAACGCCCUCAUCGCGCUCUACUUCAAGUGCUCCCCCGCGCAGGCGGUCCUCUCCGCCCGCAGAGUAUUCGACGCCAUGCUGGCCAGGGACGAGCUCACCUGGACGACAAUUCUGGUCGGCCAUACGCGGCGCGGUGACCUUGACGGUGCACGGCAGCUGUUCGAUGGAAUGUCGCAGAGAUUCGACGUUGUCUGGAACGCGAUGAUAUCAGGGUAUGUGCACCAGGGGCACUCCUCGGAGGCCUUAGACCUGUUCAGGAAGAUGAACUCGGAAGGGGUUCCCAUGGACGAGUUCACCUACACCAGCGUCAUCAGCGCCUGCGCGAAUUCAGGGCUAUUCAGGCUCGGCAAGGCCGUCCACGGCUGCAUCACCCGCUCUGGAGGGAUCGAGCUCUCGCCGGAGGCGGCGUUGCCCGUCGAGAACGCUCUGGUCACGCUCUACUGCAGGUCUGGCGAGCUCGACCGCGGCCGGCGGGUGUUCGACAGGAUCAGAGCCAAAGAUUCCGUCUCGUGGAACGCCAUCCUGUCGGGUUGCAUGGAUUCGGUGAGGAUCGAUGAGGCGCGGGAGAUCUUCGCCGCCAUGCCCUGCAAGAACCGGGUGGCCUGCACGGUGAUGAUCGCCGGGCUCACGCAGAAUGGCUUCGGAGAAGAAGCGCUGCGGCUGUUCGGCAGCAUGAGGGCGGCGACGGCCGGGGGGAUCGACCCCUGCGACUACGCCUUCUCGGGGGCGCUCGCGGCCUGCGCCGGGCUCGGCGCGCUGGAGCACGGCCGGCAGCUGCACGGGCAGCUCAUCCGCUGCGGCUACCCGGCGAGCAACUCGGCGGCGAACGCCCUCCUGACGAUGUACGCCAAGUGCGGCGCCGUGGAGGCGGCUCGCCUGGUUUUCCUCGGCAUGUCCGGCCCCGACGGUGUCUCGUGGAACGCCAUGGUCGCCGCGCUCGGGCAGCACGGGCAUGGAAGCGAGGCGGUGGAGCUGUUCGAAGAAAUGCUGCAGAAGGAAGGAAUCCAACCCGACCGGAUCACCUUCCUCACCGUCCUCUCGGCCUGUAACCAUGCCGGCCUGGUCGACGAAGGCCUGCGGUACUUCAGAGCCAUGGAGGAAGACCACGGCUUCACCCCUGGGGAAGAUCACUAUGCUCAGGUGGUGGAUCUGCUGGGCAGGGCGGGGAGGCUGGCGGAGGCGAUGGAGGUGCUCCAGUCGCUGCCGUCGGAUCCCAGCCCGGCGAUGUGGGAGGCGGUGCUCUCCGCCUGCCGCAUCCACGGGGACAUGGAGCUCGGCGUACAGGCGGCGGACAAGCUCCUGGAGAUGAGCCCCCGGCACGACGGCGCCUACAUCCUCCUGGCGAACAUCUACGCCGCCGUCCGUCGGUGGGACGACGUCGCUCGGGUGAGGAAGCUGAUGAAGGACAGGCAGGUGAAGAAGGAGCCUGGUUGCAGCUGGGUGGAGGUCGCCGGAGAGGUCAACGUCUUCCUCGUCGACGACGCUUCUCACCCGGAAAUCCGGGAGGUUUACAGGUUUUUGGAGGUGCUCGGGGCGAGGAUGAGGAAGGCGGGGUACCUCCCGGACACCAGAUUCGUCUUCCAGGACGUGGAGCAAGGUCAGAAGGAGCAGGCGCUGUCCACCCACAGCGAGAAGCUGGCGGUGGCGUUCGGGAUGAUGAAGCUCCCACCGGCGGCGACGGUGAGGGUGUUCAAGAACCUGAGGAUCUGCGGGGAUUGCCACGCCGCCGUCAUGUUCAUGUCCAUGGUGGGGGAGAGGGAGGUCGUCGUCAGGGACGGCCGGCGGUUCCACCACUUCAAGAACGGUGCUUGCUCCUGCGGAAAUUACUGGUGA